AUGGAGAAAAGCGUCACCAGGUUAGAAGAUGGAAAAUAUCAGAUUGGUCUACCAUGGGUGAAGUCACUGGAGAAUCUUCCAAACAACUAUGCGUAUGCCGUCAAAUGCCUGUUGAACUUAGAAGCGCAAUUCAAGAAAAAGGCAAGAGAGUGGGAAGUCUACUGUCGUCAGAUGAGAGAUCAAGUUGAACGAGGGGUCGCACGUCUAGUCCCAGCCACUGAAAUGGAGAACGACUUCCUCAACGAGAAGAAGAUGUGGUUCUUGCCGCACUUUGGUGUCAUGAAAGAUUCCAAGACAACGCCAGUUCGAGUCGUCUACGAUGGGAAAGCGAGAUAUCAGGGUCAUGCCUUAAACGAUUACCUUGCAAAGGGAGAGAAUCUCAACACAAACCUCUUUGAAGUUGCCCUGCGCUUCCGAGAGUAUGAAGUUGGCAUCAUCGCCGAUGUGUCCAAGAUGUUCCAAGCCGUGAAAGUAGCCCCAGAGGAUGCCAGAUUCCAUAGAUAUGUCUUCAGAGAGAGUCCAGAAGAUCCAAUCAAAGUCUACGAGUUGACAACAGUGAUCUUCGGGGACAAGCCGUCACCGACGGCAGCCACCAUAGCCCUACGUCAUGUCGCCACAGAGAACGCCCCCGAUGAUCCCGAGAUUCGACGUGUAGUCGAAGAGCAGUUCUAUGUCGAUGAUUUGACAGAGUCACAGAGAGAUGUCGAAGAAGUCAGUAAGAUGAAACAUAAGCUUACCACCGCGUUGAACAAGGACCAAUUUGUUAUCAGAGAUUGGUUGUCUAACAAGAAGGAGAUCUGCUAUAAACAGUGCUAUCCUCCUGAUGAAGCAACGACUGUACUAGGGACCAAAUGGAACCUGUCAGAAGAUACGCUACAAGUGAAGAAGGUCAACGAUGCUGAUACCAUUGCUACGAAACGCAACCUCUUGAAGAAAACAGCCUCCUACUACGAUGUCUUUGGUAUCCUGUCCGGAGUCCUGGUUCGACCGAAGAUAAUCCUGCAGAAGCUGUGGACAUUCGACGUUGGUUGGGACACGCCUAUCCUGAUCAGCCCUAAGAGUGACAUCUACCGCAUGAUUGAAGCCGUCAAACGUGAUCUGCGAGAACUUGACACCAUCAAGGUCAACCGUUGCCUUAUUCCCCAGCGGUACCAGGGUUAA